AUGGAGAGACUGCAGCGCUCUGUCAUCCAUCCGAGCCCAGUUUAUGUGAUGGAUCUGCUCACCUCAACGACCCCCAGAAUCCAUCACUCCAGAGGGGGAGGGGCCACCGUCCGCUUGGCUCCUCACAGGUUCCUAACAGGCUCCUCACAGUCCCCUCACAGGCUCCUCACAGGCCCCUCACAGCCGCCUCACAGGCUCCUCACAGGCUCCUCACAGGUUCCUAACAGGCUCCUCACAGUCCCCUCACAGGCUCCUCACAGGCCCCUCACAGCCGCCUCACAGGCCCCUCACAGGCCCCUCACAGCCGCCUCACAGGCCCCUCACAGGCCCCUCACAGGCCCCUCACAGGCUCCUCACGGGCCCCUCACAGGCCCCUCACAGCCUCCUCACAGGCCCCUCACAGUCUCCUUCAUUUACAACCAAUUUCCUCUUUCCAAAGUAGGGUAA